GUCUGGAUGUAAGACACGGCAGAUGUUCAGGAAGGGCGUGGGGUGCAUGAUAUCGACUUUGUUUGAGACAGCUUGACAAGACAUUGCCGCAGUUUCCUGAGAGCAGAAGGAAGAUGAAGGCAUAUAAGGCGAGUGUACCCGCCAGAAUCUCAUCAUUACCAAACUCUGGAAAGCUCUUUGCCUCGUUACAUCUACAUUGUAACGGACGACUCUUGUCAAUACUUAAAGCACUCUUUGAACUUACACUACCCAUCCAUGUCUUUUCACACUUUGCGGCGCGAGCCAUACGCACUCUACGGAGUAUGGUUUCGUUUGGCAGAAGUAGAUCGUGCCACUUUAGUGUCACGUCCACAGCUACAUGAGUGGCUACUCGAGACUAUCCAUAACGAAGGCUCCGAUUUUACGAAGGUCAGCGCGACUGACUUGACGGGUUGUUGCCUCAAAUUCGCGGCAAAAACCGAAGCCGAAUCUCGCCUGUUGAAGACUGCCUUCGACGAAAAGAUCCCUACAGCUCUCGGGUUCCAAUCACUGCAAACGAAAUUCCAAGGACUUAUCCAAGGGGAUUAUAUCUUCAAGGUGUGCUCAUACACCCGAAAGGACAGCCGCACAGGCAAGUUGAAGAGUGUGGGAACCGUCAAGAGGGAAGCCCGUCGACAUAUCGAGCGAGCCCUACGCUUGAACAUCCCGAAAGUACACUGGUACAGUCCCAAUCGAAUCGUGUUCACCGUCCCCAGCCUGGAAAUUGCCAAUCGCCUAUACGAGAUGACGGACGGGUUCAAGCGACAUAUCCAGCUUGGUGGUCGAAUUUGUCAAAUCACGCCCUGGCUACACAAGUGUGAGCGACGUCAGUGUUACAACUGUCAGCGAUUCGAUCACAUUGCUCCGGAUUGUGAGCACCAGCCAGGUUGCUCGAAGUGUACUGAGUCACAUCCGACGCGAGACUGCACUGUCGACCGUGAAGAUUUCAGUUGUAUCAACUGUGAACGACUCGAGCAGGAAUCGCCUGGUCAGAUAACCUGGAACACCAAUCAUGCAGCGACUGAUCUCAAUGACUGCAACCAUCCUGAAGCUGUCCAGGAGAACGCACGGCGACAUUCAAUCCGGAAUGACGUAAUACACUUGGAGAGGGAGCCCGCUUGGAGGCUUUUGCUUCCUUUACCACGACAGCCAAAACCAAGAGGCCGAAAGAAGCAACAGGCGGCAGCAAACGUUGCUCCCGUUGCUCCUCCGCUCUCGAGAGUAUUCUCACCAUCCCAAGACGUCGAGCAGGAUGGAGGAGAACCCAUUAUGAGCACCGAAAAUGAAGCGCAGUAUCCAGUGCUGUCGCGAGUUUCCAUCCGUGAAUCCUUCUCUUGUGAUCAAGAAACUCCUUCACCGGCAGUUCCAGUUGAAUUUCAAGACAGUAUCCGCAGGAGGAUUUUGUCACCGGAAACUGUUGUGGACACUACCGCAUUCGCUGAGCCUUCCCGGUCUUUGAGGCGAACAUUUGCCUAUACAAGCGACUCUAAUUCACUGUCCGGUUCCGACGAGGGAAGAGACGUGUACAACGUGUCGCGUCCCGAGGAGGUAGAAGAGACAGCCGCUGCGCUCCCGUUCGAUUACAGGAGUCCGGGGACGGGCGAUGCUGAGACAUGGCUAGCGUCGACCAGCUUCGGACGUUCUGAAACAGACACUUGCAGUACACGCUCCUUGCAGGCCAUCGCUGAGAGGGCACUGGACCUUUACCCAGACAAUGUGUGGUCGUCUUCGGGUUCUCCGCAUCUUAGCGACUCUGAAGCUAUGCUCGCAGUCCCCGUGCCACCUAGCAACCCUGUACAUCGGCCGAGGGGUAUCUCGAUGAGUACUUCUCGCGCCACUCUGAGCCCUGUCCCAACGGAGCUUUCAGCGCGUUCGAUGUCGAGCAAGUCACAGAAGGGGAGAUCGACGGACGGCCAAGGUCGCCAUGAUCAUGUUAGCAGGACAGCGGGGAUGGAGGAGGUCCGGAAAGGUAGGAAUAGGAAGGUAUCCAGCGACGAGUAUUUUCCGCGUUUCGACGAAACAGAACGUGUAGUGCAUGGGGAUCACUCGUACGGGUUGAGGCCAACCCGUCGAGUGUCAGCAGCCGCAAAACGAUUUAUCAGGCAGCAGACUCGACGCGUUGCUUGACAGGAUAAGCGAUAGAUAGAUCUUCCGGUUUAGGAUAUAGCGGGAAAUAAAAUUUUGUUUGGUAAUCGUUUCCGUGCUGUGAUAGAGGGCUACCCCCUUAAGGAGACCACUGUGCUCUGCAGUAUUUGAUGAUUCACUGCCAGUACCGUUCAUUGUUGCAACACCGCUCCUAUGACUUGAGGAUAGCUCUGGGCGAGGCUCGCAACUCCCCUUCUCCCUGGUUAGUCGAUAACCUCUCCCGCACGCUUUUCGGUAUUUGAUGGUGGC